GAGGUCCGGACUACGAACUCAAACAUUCUGACCCAUUGGCGACCACCUGUCUACAACCCGGAAGACUACUUGACCGGCCUUAUGACGAGGAGGGGAGCAGCGCCCCCUGCACCUCUGCAGAACAAGGAGGAAAUGACACUGCGGCAGUUCGCGACUGCGACGGACCUUCUGACCAAGCUGGCCAACGACCUGCGAACUGCUUAUCCCAGUUUCGUCCAAGAGUUCGUCGGACCGGGCCUCGACGGCAUAACGCACCUCCUCGAGCUGCUGAAGACGGUUCAGGCGAACCAGACGUCGACUGCGAGGAGGCAGAACCUGCUGGAAGAGCUCGCCUGUCUGCAGUGUUUGUCGCACUGCCUACGAUGCCCGGAGACGCCGCGCAGACUUGCAGCCUCUUCUGCUGGGCUCUUCACCCUUGCGGCCUGCAUCAUGAGCAACCUAAACAAAUCGAGGAUAUUAGCCUUGCAAAUUUUGAGGAAAACGUGCGAGGAUUCUGGUGGUAAAGGCUACAGUCCAGUGAGCGAUGCUAUGUCGACGAUGAGGCUUAGGUUCGGUGAGCCGGUAAGAUUCAGAUUCCUCUGCGGAAUGCUGAGCAGUGCCUGUCCAGAUCUGCUCCUAGCUGGGAUAGCCUUCAUCAACAGUUUCGUCGAGUCGGCGCCCGGUCCCCAGGUCCAGCUUUACAUCCAGGCAGAACUGGACCAGGCCGGCUACAAGCCAUUUGACGUCGUCAAGACAAUACCAAAUAAAGCAAUAAACGAAGCCUUGCAUGCUGAACUUACCAGAUGGCAAAAGAUCUACGUUGACGUUAAGAAGAUCAAGUACAGGGAGUCUGAACUUAUAAAAGAAAUGCACUAUCUCAAAGAUAAAGUCCGCCAUUUAGAAAAACGACUACAGAUUCUUCAUGAUGAAAAGUCCAUGGUGUCGUCAAAUGAAUCCCGAUUGAAGUCUCGCUGUGAUGAGCUCGAACGUGAGGUGUCUUCUUUAAGGGGGAUUCCAAACCAAGGUGGCUCAACACCGGCUGAAGACGAAGGGAUCAGCUCCUCUGGUCAGGACGAUGGGAUCGAAAGGGAACCUUUGAUUUAUGAAAUGUACGCCGUCAACAAUGGCAAACUCGUCAUGGACUCCAAAGAAAAUGAAGACGAGGAGACUACGAUUGAUGAAGUGAUCGAAGAACUACAGAACAUCAUCAACGAUGCUGAAACAGACUACAAGGAGCAAGCGGACCCCAAACGGGCGGUCAAAGAGCACGCUGCCCUCACAAAAUAUUAUUCCAGAUUUAUUCAUAGGUCACAAAAUGAUAUGCUGAGUGUUGAAAACAAUGAGGCAGAGAUUGUCCCGGUGAUGCUUGUUCAGCAUCCUCCCAGGAGGUCCCGAAGCUUGUUUCUCGAGAGGGAAUUCUCAAACAGCUAUCAGUUCUUCGAGGAAGAGGAGUCGCGGGACAAUUCAGACUCCAUGCUUAGUAGUUCAAAUGAAAACAUCAAUCUCGCCUACUACAGCUCUCAACCCAAAUGUAACCAAAACAACAUAAACACAGAUCUGCAGAAACACUAUGUCAAGAGGAGAGAAACAUUCCACUAUGGUUUACAACCAUCGACACCGACUGUUGAAAUAAAACCGGAAAUUAAAAGCCGGAGGUGUAGCUUGGACGGUGUAUUCUUCACCGCAGAGAGUGUAAGUAAUAUUGACAGGAGCAACAACAGUACAAAAAUAUACAUUGAAGGCAAUGACAAUAAGAAAAUCAAAUCCAAGAGUCUAGACAGAAUCAAAGAUGGUCUGGACACAAUGGUCGAUAUCGUCGUCACUGAUAACACAGAUGAAAAUACAUUCAAAGAUAUGAAGCCAGUUCCAUUACAAAGAAAUCUUGGCUUAAACAAGGACGUCUUCGCUCAAAAGAAAAUGCAGAAGAGUGAAGAGAGCUUAAGAUAUCCUCAGGACAGGACUGUUUUCUUGCCGGCAAACGAUGACCAAGCUAAUCAGACAUUCCUUCUCAAAAAAGGAAGAUUUAACGCAGGCCUGUAUUCUGGCAACACACUCAAAGACAACCCAAUUACAACUCCAUUCGUAGUCAACAAUCAAUGUGACUACUACAGCAAGAGCCUGAAUGGUGCAAACCUUUCAAUGUCCAUGAAAAAACUCUCAGAUUUACCGUCUGGCCUGUAUUAAAAAUAUUUAUUGAAAUUAUAGUAUUUAUAGAAUAAUCAUUGUUUACACAUGUAUGGAUGUUAUUUGUGAUUGACAGAAGAAAACACUAUGUUUAAUGAAGCUGUCAAUAUUUUUAAAGUUAUUACCUUUCAAAGGAUGCACACAAAAAAUAGUUAUAAGGUUAAAUCGUUGUGUUCGAUCUCAAAUACACUAUAAUGAGUAGAAGGAAUGUCUUUUAAUAACUUGGUACAUUUUUUUAGUAAAUUAAUAUGUAAAAAGUUUCCAAUAAAGUACAUAUAAUAAAGUU